GAAUUAAACGUGAUGAGUUUGAAAUUUGAGGAAUCGAAUUCGAAUAAAUGACAUGUUUGCAUGACCAAAAAUUGAUAUUUACCGUCCCAAAAGUCUUGGAGUAAGCUUCAGGCAUACAGUUGGUAUUGCCAGAAUAUCUGGAAUCAUCUGUUCGACUAUUCCAGCAAAAUAUAAUUGGAGCAUACUGAGGAUAGACGGUGAGUCAGGGAGUAAUUUAGGGGGCUUGCCUGGAAUGAGUUUUACCCAUGUAAUCCAAAUGGGAGUAGGAGUAGGAGUACUACACCUGAAGCAAAUGAAAUCAAACACCCCUGUAUGGCACAACUCUCAUAGAACUAGGAGCAGGAUGAUGAAUAUUACGAUGAGAGACAGAAGCAAGAAUAGAAAGCCCCUUCAGAAGGGUCGUAAUCUCAGCAUUGAGGCUAUCCAAACAGUUCAAGCAUUGAAGCGGGCUGCCAACCUCUCAGAGGCGUCUCUGGAUCAAGUAUUUGAUAACAGAUUCAGGCGUUUAUUGAAGUUUGAUAUGAUUGCUGUUCUCCGGGAACUCCUUCGCCAGAACCAAUGUCUUUUGGCCCUUAAGGUUUUCAGGGAUAUCAGAAAAGAGGAGUGGUAUAGACCUCAGUUGUUGCUGUAUGCUGAAAUGAUAACAGUUUUGGGGAGCAAUGGAUUGCUUGAAAAGGUCGAACUACUUAUCAUGGAACUUAAAGCAGAAAGUACAGUAAAUCCUGAUAUUGAAGGCUUUAAUAUGUUGCUGCAAAGCUUGAUGAAUUUGAAUCUCACUGCAUUAGCAAUGGAGUGUUUUUACUUGAUGAAAUCAUUAUCAUGUGACCCAGAUAGAAUAUCGUUUAAAAUUCUUAUAGAUGGUUUAAAAUCAAAUAAGGAAAUGAAGCUUUUAGCUAUCAUACUGGAGGAAGCAAAAAGAUAUUAUGGCUGUUAUGUGAAUUUCUUAGAGAAGGAAGAUACUGAGAUCAGCUCAGAAUCACUGAACAUUUAAGACCUGCCAAGGAUGAAUUACAUAUGUUGCUGGUUGGUCUACUAUUUAGUUGUUUUAGUUUCUGUACUACUGGGAAAUGGGGAGCCAGUGUUGGCAGUUAUAGGAACUAUAAAUGGCAUAUAGUGUCGUUGCCCACAUUAGGUAUUAAAUGUUUAUAAUUGUUUACUGGGCCUGUCAUAUGAUGCCUGUUCUGUGUAUGUCAAGCUUGUUAAAUUGACAAUUUAAUCAAUUCAACAGCCAACUAAGGUCAUUAUGCAAAUGGUAUGUUAAGAAUGGGGGAAGUUUCCAUAAGGCCUGGAAAAACUUGGUUAUAGAUUCCUCUGCAUUUACUUCUUAAGCCAUGGAACUGGAAAGCAAGAGUUGGAGGCAUUAAAAUGAUGAAUUGGUUUGAGAGGCUACACAGAAAAUUUUGCAUUCUGAAAAUACUUUUUACAUGUGUUGGUACAGCUGUAAAGGUUGUGGCAAAAUAUCAUGUGUAUAAUUGAAUGCGAUACGUCCUUGUGUUUUUUAACACUUUUAGGUUCCAGAAUUUCAUUUAUUUGCAUAUACAAGGCUACAUGUGGUUCAUCUAAAUGUGUGCCUACUGAUGACAUUUUAUCAUUUUUACUUAAAUUUUAGGGUAAAUUACAACGACCUUCCCGGAGGUUUGGCAUAAUUAUAAAUAACCCCUCGUUGUUUGGAAAAUACAAUAUGAGCAUAGUUGACAAUUUCAUACCUCCAUCUAAGGUUUACAUGGUUCAAUUAAACACUAGGGGGGUAUCUGUAAUUUUUCAAACAACAAGGGGAUAUUCGUAAUUGUGUCAAACCUCAUGGGAGGUCGUUGUAAUUUAUCCUGAAUUUUAACAUAAAAAUGGUAUUGUUUCUGUAAACAACUUGUGUUACUACCUUUGAGUUAAAAUGCUUGUGUGAUGGAUCAAGUGGCAGAGGAACAUAAAUCUAAUCGAUUGCUUAUCGUGGAGUUUAUUUUGUGUGGGGUGUGCGUUGUUUUUGUUGAAGGUGAAUGAUUUUCCCUUCAAUGAAAAUGAAGAGAUAGAGGUGAGGCAUAAAAAUGACGGAGUACAUAAUUUAUCGUAUCUCAUUUAUGUUGCAGUUCAAGUAACUCAUUUAUUGGAGAUUGCCCACCAAUGUGUUCUUUAUUGUUAAAUGGGGCAAAAUCGAUUUAACUUGCUGUGGUAGACAUGUAUCUACAUUAACAACAUAGGAACCAGUUGGCUAAUUUCAGAAGAAAACAUGCACUUGUUUUUGUGAAGUGCAGACAUUAGUGCUGGAACUGUUUGCCUAGGAAUGUCUGACCAAACUUCCAGUUUGUGGUGCAACAUUGUAAGUUGCCAAUGUUAUGCUACUAGCAGUGGUGACCUCAAAUGAUAGAGGUUGCCCUGCAAGCUUGGUGUUACAUUGCCAGUUCCUUUCCAUCUGAACCCAUAUGGUCCUUGAUCCCUUCACUUUUACCGCAACAAUUUCUCCAUCCAACCCAACAUUGGUGAUUAACACUUGCAUGAAAUAAGCUCUGCCCUUGAGUGUGAAUCUGAUUCCCCCUUUUCUUUUACAUUGCACCCUAAACACGAAGUGUUUGAGGUAGUAGAGCAACUAUAUAUUAUUAUGCUGAUUAUUGAAUGAGCAAGUGUGAACCUUGAAGUACCUUCUGUACUGGACGGAAACAAUAUAUGCUUUUUGCUGGGCAAUAAGAGAAAAUGCAGCCUCUGGCAUCUGAAAGUGGGCUCUUGGAAAGUUGCACCACCUGCCAUAAUCAGCGGGUAGGCCAUAGUAGGUGGACAGAGAUCAAUGGCAGUAAGAACAAUUGAUGGACUUCUCUGCAGGCACUAUACAAUAAGAAAUUACCAGUGAUGAUGGAGGCCUCUCUCUUUGGAAUAGGUUGCUGUAGCAGACUUCCAUUCUUGAUAUUGGGCGGUUACUGUGGAUGUAUGAAGUGCAGAAAACAAGUAGCAGAUGACCGCAGCCUGGAGGUGGAGAGCAGCCAUGUGAGGGAGUUAUGAGUUUGAACAGUAAUCAGUACAUUAGUUUCAUUCUUCUAUAUGUAUAUGUGUAUAUACUGAUGUAAUAUCAUUGUUUCCUUUUGGGUUC